AUGUCAAGGAUUUGCUUAGUAACUGGUGGUACUGGUUUAUUGGGAUAUAGCUUACGUGAAAUUAUAAAAAAUGAAAAUCAUGAUUUUAAUGAAAAUGGGAAUGAGAUAAUUAUUAAUUCAAAUGAUGAAAAUGUAAUAAAAAAAUAUAUUUUUUUAAGUUCUAAAAUGUGUGAUUUAAGAAAUUAUGAAGAAACGAAAAAAUUUUUUGAAAAAAAUAAAUUUACUGAUAUUAUACAUUUCGCUGCACAUGUAGGAGGUUUAUAUGCCAAUAAGUCUAAUAAUUUGAAUUUUUUAACUAAUAAUUUAGACAUUAAUUCUAAUGUAGUUAAAUUAUGCCAUGAAUAUUCUAUUACUAGAGGAAUAUUUACUUUAUCAACUUGCAUUUUUCCCGAAAAAUGUGAAUUACCUUUAAUUGAAGAAAAAAUUCAUGAUGGUAGAUGUCAUUUAAGUAAUGAGGGAUAUAGUUUAUCAAAAAGAGUUUUAGAAGUUAUGGUUAGAUUCUACAGAGAAAAAUAUAAUUAUGAAUGGAUUUGCAUAAUACCAACAAAUAUAUAUGGUAAAUAUGAUAAUUUUAAUGUAAGAGAUGGUCAUGUAAUUCCAUCUAUUAUUCAUAAGAUGUACUUAGCUAAAGUUAAUAAUACUAAUGUAAAACUUCCAGGAGAUGGGACAGCUAUUAGACAAUUUAUAUAUAACAAAGAUAUAAGUAAAAUAUUAUAUUAUAUUCUAAACACUUAUUAUUCUAAAAAUUUAACGAUUAUUAAAGAUAAUAUUUUUAAUGUUAUAUUAUCAACUAAUAUUCCUUCUAAUGAAUUGACCAUCAAAGAAAUAGCAAACAAAAUUAAAUGUUAUUUAAAUUUUAAUAAUGAUGUAUUGUUUGACACAACAGAGGACAAUGGAAUUCAUAAGAAGACAUCAUGCAAUGACAAAUUAAUGAAAAUUUUGGAAAAUUCUUUUGAAUUUACUUGUUUAGACAAAGGGUUAAAAGAAACUAUUGAUUGGUUCAUUUCUAAUUAUGAAAAUAUAAGAAAAUAA